CCCGCUCCGCCUGCCGACCCCCGCCGCCUCUCCUUUGCCCUCCGCCGGCGGUGCCGCCUCCGGACCCCCGCCUCUUAUUUUCGCUCCGUUUCGACCCCCCGGCUCCUCGCCGCCCCCCGCAGCCGCCAUGUCCACCCCGUCCCAACGGAGGAGCGGCCGGAGCGGCGGCACUUCGGGGACCCCCCUGUCCCCGACCCGCAUCACUCGGCUGCAGGAGAAGGAGGACCUCCAAGAGCUCAACGAUCGCCUGGCCGUUUAUAUCGACAAGGUGCGAUCCUUGGAGCUGGAGAACGCCGGGCUGAGGCUGCGGAUCACCGAGUCCGAGGAGGUGGUGAGCCGGGAGGUGUCGGGAAUCAAAGCCGCCUACGAAGCCGAGCUGGCGGACGCGAGGAAGACGCUGGACUCGGUGGCGAAGGAGCGGGCGAGGCUGCAGCUGGAGCUGAGCAAAGUGAGGGAGGAGCACAAGGAGCUGAAGGCCAGGUGGGUCGGGGGGCU